GUUUCGAGUGAUUAGAUUACGUAGAAUAAGUUUUAGUGUUUCACAUUCAACAUGGAUCGUCUUUAUGAUAUUUACGAUACUCUCAUAUAUAAAUAUGCAGAUCAACGAAUAAUUUCGUAUCCCUUAAUGGGAUCACCUUUUCCAAUUAUUAUAAUAAUGUCUGCUUAUUGGUAUAUGAUUAAGAAUGGUGAAAAAUGGAUGGCGAAUAGACCCGCGUAUAAUAUCAAAUUUUUCAUUCAGACAUACAAUAUUCUACAAGUAUUAGUAUGUGGAUUUCUUGGUAUUAGGGCGCUUCAUAUAAUCUUACAAAGAGACUUAGUCUGCAUAACACAUUUCACCGACUCUGAAUAUGACCUGAAAGUAAUUUUCUACACCUGGUUGUACUAUUUAAUCAAAAUCAGUGAUUUACUAGACACAGUUUUCUUUGUUUUGCGUAAAAAAUUCACGCAAAUUUCAACGUUGCAUGUUUACCAUCACACUUUGAUGGUUUCCGUUGGCUGGAUAAUUAAUAAAUAUUAUCCUGCCGGUGAAUUAGUGUGGCUAGGAUUACUCAAUAGUAUCGUGCAUGUUUUCAUGUACUUUUAUUACUUUUGUGCGGUGAUGUUCGAUGGCAAAAUUAAUAUUUGGUGGAAAAAGUAUAUCACACAAGCACAAAUCUUACAAUUUAUCACACUGGGUACAAUUUACACAAUAAAACUAUUCGAUUCAACUUGUGAGUAUCCGAAAGGUAUGCUGGUAUUCCAUCUUGGUCAAGUAUCCCUUUUGUGUUAUAUGUUUGUAAAUUUUUAUUACAACGCAUAUAUCAAGCAGAAAAAAACAAUUAAAAAAGUAGAUUAAAUUUUUUAAAUUUUUCGUUGAUAAUGUACUAAUGAUAAAAUAAAGUUACGCGUUUCCACACUA